UCUCUCUCACAUCCCCACACCCGCUCUGGCGCGCCUAUUAGCGUUACGACAUGAUAAAAAUGUUUUAAUUUCUAGUCCUAGUCGCUCUACCUCAACAUACAAAAACAACCAAAGAAAACUGCUCACACAAAGGAACAGAAAAGAGCAGACAGAGAGAGGAAAAGAGAAGAGAUGAAGAAAGCAGGGGGAGGGGGAGGCGGAGCAGAUAAGAAGAAGGUAAGGAGAUCACAACCUCUUCCAUCCAAUACGAAGCAAGCUGCGCAAAAGGAUGUCUUCCAGCUAUUUGCUGAGAAAGUUAGAGAUCAUAAGGACUUGGUGUCUCGUUGGGCUGUCCUACAGGAAACACGAGUGGAGUAUUUCAGAGGAAAAGAUUUUGUUAGCUUUGUGAGAAAUCAUUUAGAACUGAAAGAUGUACUCGAGUCAGAUAGAAGUUUGGAAGCUGAAGAUAUUGCCAACAUUCUGCUUAAGAAGAGCCUUUUAGUCAGAUGUGACCGUGUGGUAAAAACUGUCCGGCCUGGCAAGAAGAAAUUGUCUACCUUUCCGGCACAUUUAGAAAUAUACCACGAUCAAGUGUUUUCUGAAAAUGAUGCCUUCUUCGCAUGGACAUUUGUCAAAAGAAGGCCCCUAUGGCAAACACUUCUAUCAUUCUGCUGGCCAGUUUUGACAUUAGCAAUCUGCUUGUUCCCUGUGUAUCCUCAUCAGGUCAAACUGCUUGUACUCUACUCAUGUGCUGGUGUCCUCCUUCUUAUACUUUGCCUGCUUUUGUUGAGAGGCUUGGUCUUCGGUGCUCUUUGGAUUCUUCUGGGAAAACGUGUCUGGUUUUUCCCCAACAUUCUUGCUGAGGAGGCAACACUCAAAGAACUGUUCCAGUUUUGGCCCCAGAAAGAUGAGGGUGAGCGACCGAAGUGGACAGCGAGGCUCUUCUAUGCAAUUGUAGGUGUGAUUGUUAUUUCAGUCCUGAGGCAUCAUGCUCCUGAUGAGGCUGCAAGAGCCAGGUAUCAGAAGCGGGUUUCUAACAUUAUAGACGAUGUGCUCGAGUGGUCUCCAAGUCUAGCUUUAUCAGGCAUGAUAGAAAAGCAACCCGUGGUGAACAUCACUGAGCCUAAUGACAAUGUAACUGAUAGCAUGAGUAGCGAUGAAAAGGUAUUUUCCUCAGGUGAUCUAGAUGAUGAAACCAUGCCCAAUGAAGAAGUUGAGGAAGUUGCUGAAAAUACAGAUGGUGGUCAUCGCCAAAAAAUAUAAUUUAUAAAUGUCAGAACAUGUACCAAAAGAGAAAUGGUAGAAGCAGUGGAUUGCAAUUUUUAGGUUUCUUUCUUAUUCAAUUUUCACUUAUAUCUUCAGGGCGUUGAGUGUAGGACAUGUACCAUUUGGAUAUUCAUGAAGAAAGUAGGUGAUGAUAUUAAACUUUUCCUUUGUUUCAAUAAUUGGUAUUUAACACUCAUAUAAAGACGAUUAAAUUUGUAUU